AUGUAAUAAGGAGAGGAAACAUAAGAGAAAAAAGAGAAUGAGAGUACUCAUAAUAUUUCAGUGUAAAAUUUGAUGGAUAAGAUAAAAAUUAUCUUAAUAAUGAGAUAAUUAAAAGAGGAUAGUAUUCCUAUAGAGAUAAUACCUAAUCUUUAUUUGGGAUGUUUAGGAUGUGCAUUAAAUAAAAAAAAACUAUUAGAAAGUAAAUGUGUAAGAUAUAUAGAUAGCAAAUAUGAAAUAUAUAUUAUCUGCUUGUGAAAUGCCAAAAGCACCAUUUUCUUAAGAUUUUACAUCUCUUAUAAUUAACAUCAAUGAUAGUGUGGAAUAAGAUAUAAUAUCAAAAUUCAAUGAAUCAAAUGCUUUUAUAGAGAAUGCAGUAAAUUCAUAAUAGAACAUUCUUGUUCAUUGGUAUAAUAUAAUAAUAAAUAUUCAGUUUUGCUGGAAAAUCAAGAUCAACGACUUUCAUUAUUGCAUAUCUAAUUAAGAAUCAUAAAAUGAAAGUAAUUGAAGCUUUAGAUUUAGUGAAAUCUAAACGACCAAUUGCAUAACCUAACUCAGGAUUUAUGAAUUAGCUUUAGUAAUAUUAUGAUACAUUAUAUAAUAAUAUUGAUGGAAAACAGUAAGAAUGA